UAACAAGUUGAAUAAAGUGCUGAUGACAAUUUGAAGCAAAUUAUACUAAAUGAAUCAUCACAUUUGUCAGACAUAAUCAGUUUUAUUUAACAAGCAAGGUUACGCCCUGUAUCUUUAUCAGAUGAUAGCGGACACGAGCAGUCAGUACGGUGGGGUUUGUGUUUAGCAAAAGUAAUUUUAUUGGAAAAGAUAAAUAUAAUGGUCGUCAGGAGCAAUUUAUACGAAAAUAAUGGAAAUAAAUUCCUGGCUAAUUAAAUCAGAGCAGUCCAAGACUUAAUUAUGUAGUACAAAAUCCAUCAACAACAGUCAAAUAAUUAGUAAUGUCUACUUUAGUUUAAUUAUGAAUUAGUCGGACGGGUAGCCGCAAGUGUGGUUAAGAUUUUGUGGAUAUCGAAAUUGCAUACAAACACACCUCUUCAGCAGCAUCAUUCGAAAUGCACUUGAGGAAAGACCCUUGUGGUAUUAUUUGUAUUUUCAUCACGUAUGCUGCAGUCUUUUAUGCAGAUUACGUUGUAUGCAGAUGGAUCGUUCUCACAGUUUUCGAUGGAAGUUUAUGGGGGUGCUUUCACAUUAUCCUGUUCAAUAUAAUCAUCACAUUUUUGACAAUGGCUCAUCUCAGAGCCGUUUUGUCCGAUCCUGGGAUUGUCCCUUUGCCGCAGACGAGAGUGGAUUUUUCAGAUUAUCACGAUAACGUUGAGCAACAAAAAUCUUUUUUGGGGCCGGGGUCAAAUGAUGGAGGUGGACCACCAGGGUCCGAGUCAGAACAUGGAACUUGGACAGUUUGCACUCGGUGUGAAGCAUAUCGUCCUCCAAGGGCUCACCAUUGUCGAAUUUGUAAACGAUGCGUCCGCCGAAUGGAUCAUCACUGCCCAUGGAUUAACAACUGCGUCGGGGAAUUCAACCAGAAAUAUUUCAUGCAAUUUUUAUUCUACGUGGGUGUUCUAUCCAUGUAUUCAAUGGCAUUAAUUGUAUAUUGCUGGGUCAACUCCACCGAUGAUUUGAAGAUUUGCUUACAUUGUCCAAAGGAGGAUUUACUUACCAAGCAGAGUCGAAUAUUGCACACAGUGAUAUUAAUGCUGGAGUCAAUGCUAUUUGGACUCUUCGUAUUGGCUAUCAUGAUAGAUCAAAUAUCUGCCAUAUUCAGCGAUGAAACUGCGAUUGAACAAGCCAAGAAAUUGGGACGUCAUCGGGUUCGAAAGCAGCCAAAGAUGUUCCUGAUGGAAGAAGUUUGUGGAAAGGGUUCCUUUAUUUACUGGUUUAUCCCUUGUCGAAGUGACGCACACACACGACACAUUGCAUCCUCAAGUAAUUAUAAAUAUGGAAAUCGAUUAGACGUUUAAUUAAGUAAUAACUUAAUUAAUACAUGCAUGUGAUUUUUAAUGUAUAUUGUUGACUCGAAUGUUUUUAUCAUAUUCAUACAUUACGCUAAUCCUAAGUCAUACUAAAGAUCAUGUAUUUGUAACAAUGUCUAUCUAUACUUUGUUCAAUCAUCCAACCUUCUCAGAAAUGCAACUUGUUUUUAAAAUAAAACGGUACUUCUAAAAAUAAAAUGUGUGGCAGACACCCACAAGAAACUUUA